AUGGAGCUGGGACAUUUCCUAAAUGUCACCUCCAAUGACACCUUUGAAGGACCAGGGGACAGCAAUGGCAUCUUUAUUACUUUCUUCCUGGGAUGUGUCCUGGCCUUGAUGUGUCUGGUGGGCACUAUAGGCAAUAUCUACACCUUGGUGGUCAUAAAUUCCUCCAUGAAGCUAGGAGGCUCCAUGUACAUUUAUAUCCUUAACCUGGCCCUGGCAGACCUCCUGUAUCUGUCCACUAUACCCUUUGUGGUCUGCACCUAUUUUGCCAGGGAUUGGUACUUUGGGGACAUUGGCUGUAGGACCCUGUUCAGUCUGGACUUCCUUACUAUGCAUGCCAGUAUCUUCAUCCUCACUGUCAUGAGCACUGAGAGAUACUUGGCUGUGGUAAAACCCUUGGACACCAUCAGCCGAUCUAGGAACUACAGAAGAAUGGUCACUGGCAUCGUAUGGCUGGUGUCCUUCCUCCUGGCCCUGCCCACCAUGAUCCUCAUAGACCUUCGCACAAGCCAUCGAGAUGGGGUGACCAAGCACAUGUGUCACCCAACUUGGCAGCUGGGGGCCUAUAAGGUCUAUCUCACCAUCCUCUUCCACACCUGCAUCCUGGCCCCUGGACUAGCCAUCUGCUACCUGUAUGGCAGGCUGGCCAGGACCUACUGGCAGUCCCAGACAACUGUUGUCUUUACUGCUGAGAGAACCAAGAGGUGCCCCCGGGAAAAGGUCCUUUACAUGAUCUUCAGCAUCGUCCUCACCUAUUGGAUUUGCUUCAUCCCCUUCUGGCUUUGGCAACUAUUGAGCAUCUAUGACCAGCAGCCAGGGAGUAGUGCUGGCAACACUGAAGUCUAUAUCAACUUCGUUGUCACUUGUCUGGCCUACGGAAACAGCUGUAUCAACCCCUUCCUCUAUACUCUGCUCUCUAAUAACUACAAGGAAUAUCUCCAGAGCCACCAGAAGAGUGAUUUCUGUUUGUCUAAACUCAGGAGCAAGAGGUCUAAGUUCUCUGGGAGCCUUGGGCAAACAGAGACCAUGGCCGUUGCCCAGAUCAAGGGAACGCUCUGCCAGGCCAGCUCUGUAUGAGCGGUGAGUUGUUUCAUGAGAAGGCACUGUGGGAGAUUAAAACAAACAAACAAACAAAACUUGUCUCAGACCUCCCCAAUCUAGUUGGGAAGACAGUUAUAUUUUCCAAGAUAGUAGAAAAAAUACUGGUGUAGAAAACAGGAAACUAACUCUCACUGGGACUCCAACUAUCUGGGUGACCUAGGACAAGUCAUCUACCAUCUCUGGACCUCAUCUCCUUUAUAAGUAGAAUAAGAGGGCUGGACUAAAAGACUAAAGACCCCUUCCAGCUUUCACAUUCUGCAAUCCUAGGAAAAAGGGUCAUGCACUGUAUUACAUUGUUGAGAUCUAUCCUGUUUUAAAUGUAUAUAAAUAA